ACUAAAUUCAAAAAUAUUUUAAUCAUAAAAAAUCAUAACUAUCUUCAUUUUUAUAGAUAAAUAGUGACAUAUGUGCAAAUACGAAAUCUGUAGAAGCGUGAAUCUAAGAAAAAUGGCAGGAGAAGAAGGAGUGAGUCUGAAUCAUAUAUCUCGAGAAUCCACCGACAUUAACCGCCUCGCCAAAUUCUACCAAGAGAUAUUUGGGUUCGAGCAAGUAGAAAGUCCCAAGUUCGGAGAGUUUAAGGUUGUAUGGCUACGUCUUCCAUCUUCUUCGCUCUAUCUCCAUCUCAUCGAGCGUAAUCCAUCUAAUAAUCUCCCUGAGGGUCCGUGGAGUGCCGCUUCUCCCGUUAAAGACCCUUCUCAUCUUCCCAGAGGCCAUCAUCUCUGCUUCUCUCUCCCCAAUUUUCAAUCCUUUAUCCAGACUCUCAAGGACAAGGGUAUUGAGACUUUUGAGAAAUCUCUGCCUGAUGGCAAAAUCAAACAAGUUUUCUUCUUUGACCCUGAUGUAUUUGCAGGUAAUGGAUUGGAGGUUGCAAGCAAGGAGGACUCCUCCUAGUUUACUUUGAUGUUCAUCUGUUAUAAUAUUGUAACUAUAGUCUAUAAUAGUAGUAAUAAUAAUGCACCUUUAUUAAGGACACCAAACAUAUGUUGCCUAAAGAUGUACUUGUAUUGUCAUGCACCUUUAUUCUCUUGUUUUUCCUUUACCAGCUAGAUUUUGAGAAGA